AUGGCCAACAAAGCCACAACGAGCGAGAUCUGCGAUGUCGUUGGGGAGCAAGUACGUGCGCUGGUGGAACUGUGGCAUGACGUUGGAAUUGACGGGGAGGCGAUGCGAAGUAAUGUUGGAAGAACUAAGAGGCACGUUGUCAACCUGUUCACGGCCAUGCGAGACGAUCUCGAGGAGAUGAAGGGGAGAAUACUGAGGCAUAUCAGCUCUUACACGAGUGAAGUAGAGCAUCUGGCCUCUGAGCUCGCCAUACCUGUCACCUUGCCCGAAGGCCGUACUGUGGCGCAGCAAGAAGAUGAGAUGCGAGCGCUGGUGGAGAGGCUGCGGGAAAUGAGAUCUUCCCGCAAGCGAGAGCUUCGCAGGUUGAGAAGCGAGGAGGCAGACCUGUGCUGCAAAUUGGAAGAGCCUGAAUAUGCUUUUGGUAACGAGGGCUCUUUACCAUCACAAGAGGAGCUGAAUGAGCUGCGGGAACGUCUACACGCUCUCAAACAUGAAAAGGCCCUGCGAACAUACAAAUUUUGGGCCCUUCAAAGGGAGGUAGUUGCUCAGCUACACUUGGUUGGAGCCGUGCCGGACACACAGUUCAAGCGACAAAUUGUUGACAGCCCAGAGACUUUCAUCAUGUCCUUGGAGAACCUAGAAAAAGCUGCCGCCUAUCUUCAGAAGUUGAAGGAGCUGGCGAAGGCUCGCCAUGACGAGAUUACUGCCCUUAUGGAAGAGCUUACCAUUUUGUGGGAUCGGCUUGAUGUUCCCGAAGAACAACAGCUCGGGCAACCCACUGGCCUCACUGCAGAAGUUAUUAACACUCUGAAGGUGGAAAUGACAAGGUUAAAGGACCUGAAAAGGCAGAACAUGCAAAAGUUUGUGCAACGCACGCAUGACGAACUUCUCAGAUGGCGUCAGAAGUGCUGCAUCGCACAGAUGCUUGAAGAGCCAUAUGACCCAGAAGAUGUCUCGCAAGAGCAUCUAGAAAAAAUUGAAGAUGAACUGAAGAUUCUCAAAGAUCUCCACUCUGAAAAUAGAACCAUCUUCGCAAAGGUUGAUCGUCGGGAAGCUCUGUGGACCAAGUUCCUGGAGCUUGAAAAAAAAUCAAAUGACUGCUCUCGCUUCAACAGGAAGGCUAAAAAGGAAUGCAGCAGACUGCAAGCAGUAUUGCGCAAACUGGAGCAGGAUAUCCACUCCCACAUAAAAAACUAUCGUGGCAGCAAGCAGGAAGACUUCAACAGGUGGGGAGACAAAUUCUUAGGCCAUAUCGCUGCACAGAAUGAAGCCUACAGCUUACAAAAGGAGCAAGAGCAGCUGGAAAGGCUUCACUCUCUCUUCUACGUCAAGCAAGGCCCACUCAUGCGAGGACGGCUUGUUGGUGGGUGA